AUGGCCCGCGUUGCAAGUCCCAUUCAACACUGCCUAACGCAUCAGAAUCUCCUUGAUGAAAGGGAGUCUCUUCUUUGCAAGGCUAGGGAUAUCGCCCAGAAGUGCAACACGCUCGUUCCCAUUGCAAACCUCCCUCCCGAAGUUUUACUUAGGAUAUUCGCCAUUCAAGCUCGUCCUGCUCUUCCAGACAAAGCACACAGAUUCCGUGAAGGAUAUAUACCUCCAGAGCCCAGUAGAGGGUUACGAACAAUCGCUAAAAUAUGUCAUUAUUGGCGCGAACUUAUUCUUGGAUCCCCAGCCUUGUGGGCAAUCCCCAUUGACUGCACCACUAUGCCCCACGUUUGGGCAGCUGAACUCAUCAAGCGUUCCGCAUCCAUGCCUUUGAAGGUAUCCAUGAACUUCUAUGUCGGAAACAUACGCCAAUCCACGAGGAACUUCCGUAUGGUGCUCCGGCACCUUGAUCGUAUGGGAGAUCUAGACGUGUACUGCGUUAGUGAAAAGCAGGUCAAGGACAUCAUCACGAACAGGCUAGGGCAGCCAACUCCGUUGCUUCAGCGCCUUGCGUUGCACUCUUCUGACUACUACUCAUCCGAAGAUGACAUCGACAUCGACCCCAACGAUUCGGACUCGGAAUCUGGAUUACACAAGGCCCGCAGACACGAUCUGCCUGACCCCCCAUUCCAAGAUUCGUUCCGCCUCAAAUCUUUGAAGACCUCCGGCUUCAUAUUUCGUUUAGACUCCCCUCUUUACGAGCACCUGACGGAGCUUUCCAUAUCCGAAGUUCGGGGGAAGCCACCCACCAUUACCGAAUGGGCAGAAGUCCUCCUGAAUACCAACAAGCUCACUUCACUGGCCUUCGUCAAUGCCUUCCACCCCAAAUUGGAUGACGAAAAUUUGCCCCAGAUUCACCUGCCAUACCUCACGUCCCUCCGCAUUUCAGGAAGCUUUCUUCCAUGCAGCCGCCUGCUCUUCAAACUCGCGAUUCCGCCGCUUCACACCCUCGAUAUACACGUCGGGGGUGUAGACUUUGGCAAAAAGUCUGGCACCCGCCUUAUGGAAGCGCUUGUUUCCCAGCUGCAACAUCUGAAGAACACGGUAGCCCUGAAAUUUCUGUAUGCAUUUAUCACGAAAAGUCGCGUCCAGUUGGCAAGCUCUCCUCCGGACAAACCCUCUGAGGCCUUAGCCCCAUCAUUCAAGAUAUCACUCUCGUAUCCGCAUUCCAAUGACGAAGAACUAAUUAGAAGCUUCCGAAUCCUUCCGUUCCUGAGCAAUAUUGUCGCCGCGGGGCACCUUGGAGCCUUGAAAGUGAACAACAUCGACAACGCCUAUCCUCCGGAAAUGCAACAAGGUCUAAUUGCGUUGAUCGCUCCUUUCAUCAAUAUCCCUGAACUCAAGAUGGUCUACGCCUCUUCGGCAUAUUUUGUCAAGGGCCUCCUCCGACGUAUCGAAGCCGGAGACACUAAUUCAGGCCCCAUAUUCCCUCUCUGUUUACCCCAGAUCGAAGAACUGGAGGUCCAAACUAUGGACUGGGCGCAAGACGCGUCCUACCGUGGGUACGAAUACUUCUUGCAUUGGAGGAAGUCGAUCGACGCGCCUCUCCCACUCCUGAUGUUUUCCAUGAAUUACGACAACGCGGAACCCACGCAGUGCGAAGCAUUGAAACCCCUCUGCGGGAAAUUGGUCUGGGCUGAUCGCAGACAUAAUAGAUAUCAUCGAAGUGAGUCUGAAGAGCUGGGAUCCGAUGACAGUAUGAACGUUUUCUUCCAUGAUUUUGAUUGA